AUAUUCUUGAAUAUAUCUUAGCCUUCAUAACUCCAACCAUCUGAUCACGAACCUCUCCCAUCCUCCUCGUGCGACGAGGGCUCAAGCAAUCUACCAUGGCCUCAAUGCGGAGCUCUCAAGCUGCCUCGCUCCUCUUCCACACCACGAGAACCUCAACCCUCCCACGAAACACACACCGAGCAUUCUGCUCCACUCCAGUACGAGCUGGUUACGAUGAUACUGUGCAAAAUCUGCGAAUUGGCAAACACACUCGUGUGAUCUACCAAGGCUUCACUGGACGUGUAGCGACAGGCAACGCGAAAGACAGCAUAGCAUAUGGCACAAACAUCGUUGGAGGUGUGACUCCGGGCAAGGAGGGCGAGCACUUGGGCCUGCCAUUGCUUCCCGAUCUGAAGAAAGCCAAGGAGCAGCUCAAGCCAGAUGCGACGGCGGUGUUCGUCGCGGCACCGCAGUGUGCAAAGGCAAUUGAGGACGCGAUUGAGGCUGAGAUCCCAUUGAUCGUUGCGGUGGCUGAACAUAUCCCUCUGCAUGAUAUUCUGAGGGUCUCCGACAUCCUCAAGACCCAAUCCAAAUCUCGACUCGUAGGUGCCAAUGCACCAGGAAUCAUCGCACCCAUUGGAUUCUGCCGUAUUGGUUUCCAGCCUCUUCCGACAUUCGCUCCUGGUCACAUUGGCAUCGCCGCCAAGUCAGGAACCCUCUCCUACGAAGCUGUGGCAUCCAUCACUCGCUCAGGUCUCGGCCAGAGCUUGGUCAUUGGCAUGGGAGGAGACAUCGUAGCAGGCACCAACCUCGUCGACGCUCUGAAAGUGUUCGAGCAAGAUCCGGAGACAGAGGGUAUCUGCUUGAUUGGUGAAGUCGGUGGCAGAGCAGAGGAGGAUGCAGCAGAUUGGAUCAAGGACUACCUCAAGCGAACCAAGAACCCCAAGCCCAUCACGGCUCUCGUGGGAGGAAAGAACGCGAAGCCUGGCAAGAUCAUGGGACACGCCGGAGCCUGGGCUGCUCGCGGUGAACACGAUUCCCACCAGAAGUACAGCAUUCUGGCGGAAGCUGGUGCCACCAUGGUCGACCACCCCGAGAACUUUGGUGGUGUGUUGAAGACUCUCCUCCAGCAAUCCGGCCGCGACGUCAGCAAGAUUCAAGCGAAUGCUGCUCAACAGCAAAAGCGCGGCUACCACACUCUCCGCCGUAGUCCUGCCUCUCUCCGCGCCUCUCGUCGUCCUACACCAUCCACCACCUCCUCCCUGCAAUCUCAACGCUCCCUCUUCAUCCCCGCCGAGUCCAUUCCCGGCCCACUCGAGCCCUACCUCUCCCAAAUCUCCGGCGUCUCUCUCACCACCGACAAAGCGCCCUCCGACGGCUACUACCUCGGCAUCACAAUCGACCGCACCAACCGCAGCCCCUGCAUCGCCGUCGCUCCCACCGCCGACCCCUCCUCCAUCGACUCCCGCGUAAAAUUCUUCCCUUACUCCUGGUCCUCCGGCCCCUCCGACUCCGACCUCAAAUCCGCCCUCGAAUACUCUCAACUCUCCUCCGCGCCCGAGUCCACCCGUCGCCAAGCCCACUCCCUCCUCUCCGCGCUCGCGAAAAUGUACAAGGAAAAAGAAGCCAUUAUCCUCACCACCUGCGUGUCUCUAGAUGGAGAGGGAAAUCUCCGACUCCACCAACCUAGCACGACGCUCAUGUUCGACGACUCCGCUUACCGCAGCAAUAAACGGCAAGAGGACAUCCACGCCCUCCGCCAAAAAGACAAGGAAGACCAGCAGGAAGUUGAAGCGGAAAAGGACGGUAUCGUCUACGUCCGUCUGGACGACCCGUCAGCCAACAUCGGCACCCUCGUCAAUGGCGCAGGAUUAGCGAUGAAUACCGUCGAUGCACUAGUCAUGCACGGCGGCGCGGCGACCAACUUCCUCGACACGGGCGGUAAAGCCACGUCUGCGACAGUGAAGAAGUCGUUCGAGUUGAUCCUCCAAGACGACAGGGUGAAGGUGAUUUUCGUGAAUAUUUUCGGCGGACUGACGGAUGGAGGGAUGAUUGCGGAUGGGAUUUUGUUGGCGUUCAAGGAGGUGGAUAUGAAGGGUGUGCCGGUGAUAGUGAGGAUUCGCGGGACGAAUGAGGAGGUUGGACAGAAGAAGAUUGCGGAAAGUGGAUUGGGUUUGGAGAGUUUUGAUAAGUUUGAGGAUGCGGCGAAGAGGGUUAUUGAGGUUGCUAAUGGAGGGAAGUGA